CGAUUUCUGCUGCCUGCCCGCUGCCUAAAAUAACAAAAAAAUACUCGCAGCUUUUGUCAUAAAUAUUCUUUACUAAUUUAAAACCACGUCAUGGCGUCAUUAGAUCUUUUAACUCCUCAUUUAUCGAAGAUAAAAAUACCAAAUGCGCAGCAGCUAAUUUACAAAGAUGAAUGCGUGUAUUCUUUCGACAACCCGGAAUCCGAGACUGGACUGUAUGUGUCACUGGUCUCCUUCCUUGGUUUUGGACGCAAUUAUGUUGAACAAUAUUUUCAGAAGACAGGCAAUGCUGUCUUUCUCCACAUUUAUAGAGAGAAGAAACCAGUACCAGAACCGGAGAAAACUGGAGAUGGUCCCGAAAAGAAGAUCACGCGUCUCGCAAUAGGAGUUGAAGGCGGUUUUGAUCCUGACAGCGGCCGGCAGAAGUUCACGUAUACAGAUCACUAUGCUGUGAUCGUAUUGCCCGGCUUUCACACCUACCCCUGGCCUAACCCAGCUCUACCAGAUGUGGUUCAGAAGUCGGUUCAAGCUGUGAUUGACGCAGAAUCGCCAUUCAAAAUUGCUGAGAUGGAAGCAUUAGCUGGCACUUGGGAUGGGGAGGUUCGGGAAGUGUCUGUACAUGCAGUUAAUCUGAAGCAGUUGGACAAUGGCGUAAAAGUGCCGCCUUCUGGUUGGAAGUGCGCCAAAUGCGACCUCACUAACAACUUGUGGUUAAAUCUCACGGACGGCACCAUACUUUGCGGCAGACGAUUCUUUGAUGGUUCCGGAGGGAAUGACCAUGCGGUGGAGCACUAUCGCAACACAGGCUACCCUCUAGCGGUGAAACUGGGUACUAUUACGUCAGACGGCAAAGGCGAUGUCUACUCGUACGCGGAGGACGAUAUGGUGGAGGAUCCGUUCUUAGCGGACCACCUAAAGCAUUUCGGAAUUAAUGUUCAGCAGCUACAGAAGACGGACAAAUCUAUGGUGGAAUUGGAGCUGGAACUAAACCAGCGUAGUGGGGAAUGGAACACUCUGCAGGAGUCGGGCAGUGAUUUGAGGCCUUUGCACGGGCCCUCGCUCACUGGCCUCAAUAACCUAGGCAACACUUGCUACAUCAACAGUGUGGCACAGGUUAUAUUCCGCAUGCCGGACUUUGUAAGGCGAUUCGUUGAGGGAGCACCAGAGAUUUUCUCCAACUUCCCUGAAGAUCCAGCCAAUGAUUUUAAUGUGCAAACGGCGAAACUGGGUGUCGGUCUACUAUCCGGUCGUUACUCGUUCCCGGCCGAAGAAGGGGGGCGUCAACCGGGCGUUUCUCCCCAGAUGUUCCGCCAGCUAGUUGGUCGAGGGCAUCAGGAGUUCAGCACUAAAAGACAACAAGACGCCCACGAGUUCUACUUGCAUCUACUCACUCUUAUGGAGCGCAACAGCCGACACAAACCAAACCCGGCAGAUUGCCUCAAGUUCUCCGUCGAAGAGCGCAUACAAUGCACCGAGUCAAACGGGGUGCGGUACACUCAACGGCCCGAACACCAUCUCCCAUUGCCAGUGGCUGUCCACGCGGCCACCAAUGCGGCUGAAGUACGCCAGUACGAAGCUAGAAGAACCCAGGCAGAAGCCAGUGGACAGAGACUUGAUCCGUCGCUGGUGGUGCGGCCCCACAUCCCGUUCCAGGCGUGCCUGGACAGCUUCAUGAAGGAGGAGAUCAUUGAGCAAUUCUACAGCAGCGCCGUCAACAAGAAAGUAGCCGCGCGCAAAAUUACCCGCCUGGCUACGUUCCCCGACUAUCUUCUUAUUCAACUCAAGAAGUUCACAAUAAAGGAGGACUGGACGCCCGCCAAAUUGGACGUCGCCGUCGAUAUGCCUUGGGAGGUAGAUCUAAAUUGUCUCCGCGGGCGUGGUCAGCAGCCAGAAGAAACGCCGUUGGCAGAUGCGGCGCCCGAUACUCCCGCCCCCACUUACAAUGAAAACCUACUCUCAGAACUGUUGGAGAUGGGUUUCCCCGUGGAAGCGUGUAAAAAGGCAUUAUACUACACGAACAACUCGAGUAUGGAGGCCGCCUCCAAUUGGCUCAUGGAACACAUGAACGACUGGGACUUUGCCAACAAAUUCGAUCCGCCCGGCUCACAGCCUGCCGCGACCGGUGGUAUAGUCGCGGACGAAUCGAGCGUGCAACAGAUAAUGGGCAUGGGCUUCACCCGGGAGCAGGCGGCGCGGGCCCUGUCCUGCACCGGCGGGGACGUCGGCAGGGCCGUCGACUGGAUCUUCAGCCACGCGCACGAACUGGACGCGUCUGAGCCCGGCCCUGGCGUUGGCGCCGAGCCCGCGCGACCGGACCGCACGCUCGGCUGCAGGGACGGACCUGAGAAGUACAAGCUGAUCGCAUUCAUAUCGCACAUGGGCACAUCGACGAUGGUUGGACACUACGUGUGCCAUGUACUGCACGAAGGCCGAUGGGUCAUAUUCAACGACAAUAAGGUUGCUCUCUCAGAAAACCCUCCAAAAGAUCUUGGCUACUUAUAUUUAUAUGAAAGGCUGUGAUGUUAAAAUUAUGCAUAAUGAUUGUACCAAAAAUCACUGGCACACAUUUACUAUAUGGGAUAAGAAUUUAUUGUUAGACUGCAUUGUGUGUAAUAUUUUAUAUGAAAGGCAUUACAUUUUAGG